AUGAGGCCAGAGCAUUUGAGCCUGGUGCUGCUCUGGGUGUCUGUGGGUGGGGCAGAGGUACUGGUACAGCCUGACUUUGAUGCCAAAAAGUUCUCUGGCCUCUGGCAUGUGGUCUCCAUGGUGUCCGACUGCAAGGUCUUCCUGGAAAAUAAGGACCACCUGCUGAUGUCCACCAGAGACGUCAAUGCCACGGCGAGGGGCGACCUGAGCGUGCACAUCGAGGUCCCCCGGGCGGAUGGCUGCAAUCAGAUGGACGUCCAGUAUCUGAAGGUGGGCUCUGAGGGGCACUUCAAGGUCCCAGCCCUGGGCUAUCUGGACGUGCGCGUGGCGGAUGUGGACUACAGCUCCUUCGCGGUGGUCUACAUCUACAAGGAGCUGCAGGGGGCGCUCAGCACCAUGGUGCAGCUCUACAGCCGCACCCAGGACGCGACCUGUCAGGCGCUGAGGGCGUUCCAGGACUUCUACCGGACGGUGGGGCUCCAGGACGACUUGGUGGUUAGGCUGCCGCAGUCAGAUGCGUGCUCCCCGGGGCAGAGGGGCACGCAGGCGCCCCCGGGGUCCAGCCCUAGCCCCACCCAGGGUGAGGACCCGGACAACUCUGGAGCAUCAAACCUCACCACCCGAGGAGCUCAUUGAGACCUGCCGCCCCUGGGGACCACUUUGGGCCGCCCCUCAUCCUCCUGCCUCCCCCGUCCCAACCAAUAAACAGAUUCUGCA